GCAGAACAAUGUUAUAUUUCCUGAGGAGCGAACGGUACAGGAGGCAAGCAGGAUGUGUCGCCGGGUCAACGCCACCCUGGCAAUCCCAACGACUGAAUCUGAUAAUGAGGAACUCAUGCAGCAGCUCUCGCUCUUCAAGGAAGUGUGUGUCCCUACGGCCACCUGGAAGAUGUGGAUAGGUAUCACCGACGAUGCAGAAGACGGAGUGUGGAGGAGUUUAGACACGAACGAGAGGUUGACGUACCUCAAAUUUCCCCUAAUCAAUGCCGGGUCGUCCUACACGUGUGCUUCAAUGAAGGCUGAUGGAUUCUGGGAUGGAGAUCGAUGCACGAAUAAAAGAUGUACAGGCUGUUACCUGGAGACUACUGAUUUUCUAUACCUCCGCGGUUUAUGCUUCGAUUCCAAAUUCCGAAUGAGGUUUAGGAUUCAGAAGCACAUCAAUGACCGUCCCUACUUUCGUGGAUAUUAUGACAAAGUGAUAAUAUGGGGUGCAACAAAUAAAAGAUGGUUACUAGUUGACACGGUGACUAACACGACACUAAUGUGGGCCUUGCUCACAGGAAAAGAAAAUUACCCAGUUGGAAAGCAUUCUUGGAAAGUUGCAAAGGAGGUGUGUGGUAAGGCCGAGGACACUACUGUACUUCUUAGCUUAGCUCCGUGUGCAGAUCAUCUCUUCACCUGUAACACUGGGGACUGUAUCCAACCUUAUCUGCGUUGUAACUUCCGUUAUGAUUGCCCUGACGGAAGCGAUGAGGUGGACUGCGGCGUCGUAGAGCUGGUGGACGACUUGCAAAGGGAGCUGCCACCCCCGGGACCGGGAGGAUCCGUCCUUAUACUGGUCCCACGACUAACUAUCACUCGCAUCGCGGAAGUCGACGACAUCAAUAUGGCCAUCACACUGGAGUUCCGCCUCACCCUCACCUGGACGGACGACAGGUUAAGGCUACGACACUUAAAUGAGAAGAAGAACGGCACUAUUUUGACAAAUGCGGACGCCGAGAAAGUGUGGAAACCACGCUACCAGCUGGUGAACUUGGAGGGUGGCCAAAAACAGUUGCUUAACGAAAAUCUCAUGGUCAGGUCCGCCCAAAACGCCACCUUACCUCAGUUCAACAAUGUUGACAUGGAUCUAGUGUAUCCGGGAGAGACCAACAAACUCUCUCUCAUCCAGCGUUACACAGCGAGAGUCACCUGCUACUUUGAGCUCUACGCUUACCCCUUCGACAUCCAGGUGUGCAGCAUCGACCUGGAGCUGCCCCCGGAACACGAAGACUACGUCAAACUCUCUAUUGAAAACGGAUCCGCUACCUACAUGGGGCCCAGGGAGCUGUCCAAAUACACUAUUGAAUGGGUUGCGUUUGGGGGAGCCUCUGGAGGUAAUCAGCUUAGCGUUGAGUUCGAGUUACAUCGUCGUCAGGGUAUUGUUGUGUUUUCAAACUUUAUUCCCUCGGCUAUGUUGUUGAUAGUGAGUUGGGCGACGCUAUUCGUUGACCUGAAAGCUCUCAACGUCAGGGCUAUAAUGUCCCUCACCACACUGCUUGUCCUCUACACACUCUUCGCCAACAUGUCUCGUUCCCUGCCCACAACGGCCUCCAUCAAACUCAUCGACAUUUGGUUUUUCUUUAUCAUCUUCAUCCUUUUCAUCAACAUCAUGAUACAUGUGUUCGUUGACAGGCCUGGACCCAAAAAUAAGAUAUUCAAUAAAAGGAAUGUGACGGUAACAACUGGCGUCCCUGAGCAAGAGUCGGUCUCUCUCAAGUUACUGCAGAGGUACAGACUCCUCGGCCUCCCCAUGGUCGUCCUCUUCUUCACUGUUUACUUCUGGACAGCUGUGAUUUUAAGCAAGUGAAAAUUAACAAUAGUUGUUACGUUAAUCUAACUUUUACCGAGAUCUCCAGAGACCGCGCGCAUCAUGCUGUCAGGAGAAGGACCAAGGCCCCAAGUCGAUCUAUUAUCUGAAUAUAUAUAACGUCGUUCUCAUCACGAAAUUUAACUUCACGAUUUACACACACACACAAAAAUAAAAAUUCUAGUGAUAUCAUAGUAAAAAUAAAUCUUAGAAAUAUGCAGCUGUGAAGACAAGAAAGGCUGAGAAAGGGGUAACUCUACUGUGUAAAUAAAAAAUAAAAAAAUCUUACCAGCCAACAAAAAUCAGUUCGGUUGUUUUUGACAGAUAAGAAGUCCAAUAUAGUGUUUACCUGUGAAGAACAUAGUUUAGUGACUGGCAUCUCUCAGGAGGUUUUCCACAACAUAACGAACUAAAGAAACUUUGAAUGUUUAUAUUUCCCACACAAGUAUUCACUGUAGGGUUAAUUAGGAUAUAAGGAUUCCGACUGUGAUAUAUACUGUAUGUAUAAUAGAGAUUAG